CCCAAAGUUAUUAUGCAAUACUAGCCAGCUGUAUAUAAGGCCAGACCCACCCUGUACAGUGAGGAUCUCUGUAGGCAGACUCUUUCUUGUAACAAGAAUGCUGCGGUACGUUGUAGUCCUCUGUUUUCUGGCCUUGUCCUGGGCACAGGACUGUCAGGUUGACAAUAUCCAGGUCAAGCAGGACUUUGAUAAAACCAGGUAUGCGGGAAUUUGGUAUGCUGUUGGAAAGAAGGACCCAGAGGGUUUGUUCUUACUUGACAACGUCGUGGCCCAGUUUCUUGUGGAGGAGAAUGGCGUAAUGACCGCCACUGCUAAGGGCAGAGUGAUCAUCCUCAACAACUGGGAAAUGUGUGCCCACAUGUUUGCCACAUUUGAGGACACCGAUAACCCUGCCAAGUUUAGGAUGAAGUACUGGGGAGCAGCUUCAUACCUGCAGACUGGAAAUGAUGAACACUGGGUUAUUGACACUGAUUACGACAACUAUGCCAUCCACUACUCCUGCAGAAUAAAAGACGCUGAUGGCACUUGCUUAGACAGCUACUCCUUCGUCUUCUCACGUCAUUCGGCUGGCCUGAGGCCAGAAGACCAAGCCAUCAUCACCCAGAAAAAGACGGACCUUUGUCUGUUAGGCAAGUACAGACGUGUUGCGCACAAUGGUUUCUGCGAGAACAACGGAGCCGCUGAGCCACAGUAAUACUUGAAGUUUGCAGCCCAAAGACUGUAUUCCCCUCUGCUGGUCUGAGACUGAAUCCCACCUUUUCCUAAACUCUGCUGCCUCUUUGUGUCUUAGGAGAAAAAAAAGUAGAUUACUUCUGAUUAAAAAUCAAACAAAGUCUGAAAUUAUUAGCAGUCACAUUAACAUAUUAGACUGUUGUUGACCAUCACUGUAAAAAAAUCCCUAUAAGUCUGCAUCUGCUACUUGUUUUGGUUUGGAUGAUGUCAUGAAUCUAAACUUUUAGCUCAGAAUUCUAACUGUGUUGGACAAACCAAACAAAACAAAAACAUAUCCAACAUUAUUGCCUUUGCUUCUAUACUGAACAUGUAGUAUCUUGUAGUACAUAUUGUUGAUAAACCUUAAUAUUAUACACCUUUGGUAUUACAUAUAGGCAUACAGUAGUAGUUCUAUCGUUUCUUAAUUAUGUGAUGUAUACGUCUUGAUUCAGAUUUUGAAAUAAAACAUUUAAACCAUG